UACACACCACCGUUGACUCGAGAGACAGCAGGAACGAAACAGACGCAAGUACCGAAAGAAAAACACACAGAGAUAUGGGCCGCUCACGACGUUCUGCUCCCGCACGCCGGCCGGCGCCACGAAGUGCGCCGCCGGCUCGCGCCCCGCCUGCCCAGCCCCCGGCUCAGCAGCAGAGCGGAGGCGGCGGCAUGCUCGCGGGAAUGGCAAGCACCAUGGCGCAGGGUUUCGCGUUCGGCACGGGAUCGUCGAUCGCACACAGGGCCGUUGGUGCGGUAAUGGGAGGUGGCGGCUCUUCGGCGCCCGUGGAGCAAGCUCAGGAGCAAGCGCCGCAGGCUUACCAGCAGCCCCCGGUUGACCCAUGCGACGUGGACAAGCAAAACUUCGGACAGUGCCUGCAGAACAACAACAACGACGUCACUGCGUGCCAGUUCGUCUUCGAGGCCCUGCAGACCUGCCAAAUGGAGGCCAAGAAGAGCUACAACUAAAUACACGGGGUAUACUUUGGCGAGGGGGCGCCCCGAGACAGCCUGGUGUUUUGUUUGGAUCACGAGCGAGCGAUCGACCUGCAUCAACCCUGCUGUUUUGAUGCAUUUUUGUCGUGGUGGAUAAAGGAUCCCCGCUGCUCAAACGGGGGGUUCCGGGGGGGGCGGCGGGGGGGGGGGGGGGACGAAAGUUGGACCUGUGGGCGGGAAUGGCAAGAAUGUGUUCUCCGGGUGCAGCCGCACCCUUGAUCUGGCCCUUUUGUUUUUUCCCUGCAAGCGGAGGAUAGAAUUGGUAGGGGGCUCUUUCCUGGUUUGAAUGAAAGGGUUCCAGCACGUUUUGGAGGCUGUGCGUCGGUCGCCGGCCGUUGUUGCGCGUGGAGUUCCUUUUGUGACUCUUGGGGUGUGAAACGGUUCGGGUCGCACGCACCGAUGUACUAUCGGUGCAGGGGUAGGCGCGAUGGGCCCGAAAUGUAAAAUAUAAUUAUAUCAAGGCGAUAUCAGUGGAGUUUUCUUUCCUCUGAUAUUUGAGUUGUACACACA